AUAUUUAAUGUAGUACAGUUACUUUUGGUCUGUUUUUCAGAGCUCUAGCUGAACAGGAUGCAAUUCAGUCUAAAUAUAAACAGAUGGAAACUGAUUGUCAGUUGUUAGUAAUGGAGAAAGCCCUGCUGGAAGGAGAAGUUCGAAGGCUGAGAGAAAUAGAGAAAGCAAAGUUUGCAACCAAAGAAGACCAGUUCAAGAAAUCUGGAAAAGGAGAAAAGAAAAAAAGUAAAGAAAAGAAAUUUUCUCCAACCAGAGAAUUUAAAUCAGUUGAAGAACUGCUUAAAAUCCAAAAAGAAGCAGAAUUCCUGAGAACAGAGAAGCAAACCCUUCAGGAACAACUGAAAUGGGCUUUAGAGGUGAGGUCAUACCUCUAA